CCAGCACAGCUGCAGCAGCAGCAGCAGUCGUUCGUCAGUCCCGCCGGCACAGUACGCGACGCCGCAUUGUACGCGCGACAUGUACACGUUGGUAAACACGGCCGCAGGGCAGCAGCACAGUCGCGAUCCGCAACGCCGACAACAACAACAACAACACCAGUCGUGAAGCCGGUACCGCGUGUCAGUAGACGGCCGGCGCUGCUGUGUAGUGGUAGUGGUCAGUCCCCGUGGCUUCGUCGUCGUCGUCGUUGUCGAUCAGUUGCUCUCGCGUCUCUCUGUCCAGCGCCCGCGCGCCGCGGUCAGUCAGUCAGUCAGUCAGUGAGUCUCCGGACGCUUGAGCAUACGCCGAGGCACAUCGCCCGAGACACCGGUGUCAGUGCGCGAUCGCGUGUGUUGACCGACAGUCGUGAACGGUCGCGAUUAUUAAUAUUAUUUUUCGUACCGAGUAUUUACGCGAAGUGUGCGAGAACACUUAUACGUCGGAACUAAACAAUAAUUUACCGAUAUAUUUUUUUAUUUUUUUUUUUUUUUCCCGUCAAACAUUUUCGAAGUCGAUAUUUAUUUUAUUUUUUUUUUUUUCCCCCGAACGAACGCGAUAAUUUUCGCGAAAAAAUUUUUUCGAAUUUUUCGUGUCGACCGUGAUUUCGUUGAAAUAAUUUUUUUUUUUUUCCGUUCCCGCGUCCCGAAUCCUAUUGCCCGGGCCGGAUAACCGACGCGAAAAUUCCGAUAAUACCGACAAUGGUGCCGAAACAGGAGAUCGUCGUCAGCCCCGACGACUCGGACGCGAUCAUGGAACAGCCGCUGUUCGGAUCUCAGCUGGUCGACGAGAAUUCGCCGACGCCGUACUCGGACGCGACGCAGGUACGUGUUUCGAGACUUGGGCUUCCCCCGACCCGACAAAAUAGGAUAAAAAUUUUAGGAUAUUUUUCCGCGUGAGAAAGCCCGGCCGGCGUGACGGGGACACACAAAAAAAACCAUUAUGAAAACGCCGAGUCCGCGGAUACGGCGCGUGUGCGGCGAAAAAAAAAUAAUCGGCUGUUUCCACGAGAAAUACGGGCGAGCGGCCGGGAAGAAGAAAAAAAAAUCGCCGGUCGCCGGUUAUUUUUUUUUUUUCCGGUUUCUCUCGGCGACUGCGGGUGAAAAAAAAAACGAUUAUUACCGAAAUUAUGUGAAAAAAUAAAAUAAUAAUAAAAAACAACGUCGCGCUUUAUCCCGGUCGGAGACCGCGAGUCCGAGAGAAAAAAAAAAACUUAUCAAAAUUUCCUGACGAAAAAUCCCGACGGGUUUCCCCGGUCGGUUUUCUCGUCCGUCGCUAUAAAAUAAAUAAUAAUUUCGUUUAAAAAAAAAAAAAAAAAAAAAAUAUUCAUAAAAAAAUUCGCUCGGGAUGAUCCGUCGUUAAAAUACAUCCGUUCGCCGAGAUGACGUCUCUUAUCUCGGAGCUCUCGCGCGUUCGACAAAAAACAUUUUUUUUUUUCUGUCGGUUUUUUUUUUUACAACUCGUGCGUAAUUUUCGUCAACGAAUUUUUUUAUUUCUUCAAUUCGGACCGGCGACAAUAAUGAGAAAAAAAAAAAACGCUGAUAUCGAUAAAGUUCUCGCGCCCCGUGCCGGACGUUCGACGGCGAUAUUAAAAACGCCGGGGAAAAAAAAAAAAAAACCCGCCGCUCAAUUCCGCGAUUGUUUACGGAGUUUCCGAAAAACGCGAGAAAUAAAGCGGGGAAAAAAUCGUGUUUUUUCGCCGCCCGCCCGCUAUUUCCACGGGACUUGGGGAAAAAUCAACGUGCGUACACGCGAUCGACAAAAAAAAAAAUAAUAAAAUAAAAUCAACGGUCGCCGAGUUCGCGACGCAUUUUUUCCCUCACCCGUCCGUCGAGUGUCGAAUGAAUUGUUUAAAUCAAAUUUUUCCGGUUUACGAUUUUUUUUCUCAAACGGUUUUUUUUCGUAAACAUUUCGAUCGUCGCCGCGUCCGGGAUUUAUCGGUCCGCGUGCACAACCCGCGGACGAUUACGCCGGGCCGAUCGCGCGCGCCAUUCGUCCGACAGAUAAUUACGAUUCCCGUUCGGAAUGUAUCGCAAACGCGCCCGCACACCGCCUCACAACCACCCGAGCAUUUCCCCGUUUCGCGCGGUAAUUUCUUCCCGCGUAACGGCGCCGCGGCCGCGACCGUCGCCCGUACCGAUGACGCGAGCGCGGUGAACUGACGGGACGGGAGAAGAAAUAUUAUCGAUAGUGAGCAAAAAAAAAAAAAAAAAAAAAUCAAAAACAAUGUAUCCGUGUUAUCGGUAAUCGUCGUACGUUUUUUUUUUCUCUCUCUCUCUCUCUCUAUCUCUCUCUCUACGUAAUAAUACCGCGCACCCGGAAACGGUCGCGGGCGGGUUCUCCGCGGAGAUAUUCGUCCGUGAGCGCGCCGCGCGCGUUCGGGUUCUCGACCAAGGUCCCCGCGCGCCGUACGCGGCGGAACCGGCGGAGCGGUGCGCCGUCGAGCCGUCGCCGUCGCGCGCGGCCGAAACGAUCGCGUUUUUUUUAAUCGGGCGGUAAAAUCGCCGGGCCCGCGCGCGCGAUAAAACGACCGUUUAGUUUUACCGCGGACGAACGGACGGAAAACGCGUUCCCGGCCGGCAGUGGAUACGCGGACGGAAAACGUCGUUCGGCUGUCGUGCCGAAACGACACCUACAGCCGCGGCGGGUGGGAGGGGCGAGGGGGGUCGGCGGAGAACGUACGCGGCGCCGUAGCACACGUAUCGUUCGGCGGUCGUCGUUGUCGUCGGAUUCGCCCGGCGCCGGACGAAAAACGCGAAUCCGAUACCUAUGCUCGUCGAGGGGUUUUGUUUUUUCGGAACUCGUAAACCGCCAAUCCGUCGCCCGCGCUGCCGCUGACGGCGCCGGAAAAAACGACGGUUUUUUUACCGGAUCGGUUACGAUUGGAAUUAUUGUUAUUCCCGGCCGAAUAGCGAGCGCGCGUUUUUUUUUACUCUAACGAAGCCGCCCCGGCGGUGUACGGACAAAUGUACGAAACGGUUCUUUUUCGCCCGCCCCGUCCGUUUUCGGUAUCGGUACGCGUCAAUCGACCGCGAAACGGGAGGGCUUUUUUUUUUAAAAUUUCCUCUGAAAUUUUUCGUCCGGAAGACCGCGGAAAAUUCCGCGUUCUCCCUCCUCCCCCCCACCCACCCAGGGGGCGCGGCGCGUACGAAUUGUACGUUAUCGGCGAUUUUACGAGCGAAUUCCGUCGGGAAAAACAGAAUCUUCCCGUGGCUAAAACCAAAUCCGCGAAUAUUUUCUCGCGGUGUUUUCAUUUUCCCCUCCCCACCGUCCGUUUAAAUCUCGGCCAACCGGAUUUUCGUGACACUACAGUAUUAUCGUAUCGUUUCCCCUCUUUCUCGGUCGCGAUAUUCCGGCGUAAAUCGGGCGGUGGGGGCAGAGGAGUGCGCGUACCUCUCCGCCGGCGGCGGAACAGCCAGCGGCAGCAGCAGCAGCAGCAGCAGCAGCUGAGCCGAACUGUCGGGCGGACGAACGUGCCGCGUCGGCGGCGGGGGACGGGACGGCGGGGUCGCGCGCGCACAGGUAGACAGGUGGUUGCCCCGUCCGAAGGUUGUUGUGUUUGUGUGCGCGCUCGGGCGCGCGCGUGUGUGUGUGUGUGUGUGUACUCGCGUAUGCGUGUGGCGGCGCGCAAUGAGUCAUUCGCCUUUUCCGCGUGUGCCCGCCCGCCGGCCCGCGAGGAAACGGUCGCGGUGCGAACGCCGCCGCCGCCGCCGCCGGCAGCGUACGCGGGCGUACGCCGGGCGGCGCGCGCGCGCUCGCUUGUGUACGUGUAUGUGCGUGUGUAUGCGUGCGCGCCUUGUUAAUGACCUUGAGUUACACAACACCGACCCGCUCGCCGCCGCGGCGCGACGCCUUGACAGUGAAAGUAUAAACGGCCGGCCGGUCGGACGCCCGCCCGCCGGGCACCGCGCGCGCGCGCGCGCACACACGCAACAACACGUAUCUACACGUUGGCAAUAUUAUUAUUGUGUUAUUAUUAUUAUUAACAUCGUUGUUUAUUAUCACCGCGGUUGUUGCUGCCCGUGCGCGCGCCGGCCCUUUUCGUUUUUUGUUUACACGACGGACGUUUUCACUGGGCCUGUGAUUACCUAUGAUUAUUGUUAUUAUUAUUAUUAUUAUUAUUAUUGUUAUUGUUAUUGUUAUUGUUGUUGUUAAUAUUAUUGUUAUUAUUAAUUUUUUUUUUUUUUCCAACGCGUUUUGCCAACGAAUAUUGUUGUCGUUAUUGCCGUUUGACGUGCGCGUUCGAUAGAAAAAAAAAAAAAAAAAAAACCCACUCGAUCGCCUAAUCGCAUUUGUAUGCGGCGUUACAAUAUGAUUUUAUUAUUAUUGUUAUUAUCGUUAGUAUUACUCGUACGUACUGUACGGCCCGGAACCUGCCGGUAACAGCGCCUACUCCGCGAACCGUGCUCGCGCGCCGUUAUUACCCUAUACUUCCAACGCCUUUUUAACCGUGAAUUUUGUUUCUGAUUUUUCUAGACGAAAAAGAACAAUCCAAAUCACAUCAAGCGUCCCAUGAACGCGUUCAUGGUUUGGUCGCAGAUCGAAAGGCGCAAGAUAUGCGAACUCCAACCGGACAUGCACAACGCGGAGAUUUCGAAAAAACUGGGCAUGCUGUGGAAAACCCUGUCGGACGAACAGCGCAAGCCGUUCAUCGAAGAGGCGGAACGGCUGAGACUCAUGCACCUGAAAGAGUAUCCGGACUACAAGUACCGGCCCCGGAAGAGAACGCCGAAGAACGUAAACGGGUCCGGGGCCGCCGGUCCCGCGUCCGCCAUCGCAAAGGCCGCGCCGCUGUCCACCGCCCAGUCCAAGUUCCGCAAGAACCUGUGCAAAAAGUUCGGCAACAACGCGACCGGCCGCGUGACGUCCACGCUGACUUCCGGCACCGUCCACUUGCUGGAGGGCAGGCUGAACACGUCCGUGGCCGCCCGUUCGGUGGCGCCGCCGUCGCCGCCGCUGUCGUCCGCGUCCUUGUCGUCGUCGCCCACCUCGCCGUCGGCACCGUCGUUCGACUCGAAAACGUUCGUGCGGCGCAACGGCAUCAUACAGGUGAACCGCAUGAGCCCCGUGAACACGGACCGGCUAAAGUAUCAUUUCACCAUCGAAUCGACAAAGAGCCCCGGUCUGAUCAAGGACGGGGCGGCCGAAGUGCGCAUACCCGCCUCCGUGCACGCCGAAGUGCCGACCAGCCCGACGUGCGACUCGCCCAAUUCGCCGGAGAGCGCCACGUUUUACGACGACUUGUCCUACGGCUACGACGUCAAGCCGCUAAAAAUCAAAAUGCUCAACACGUUGAACUCGGCCGCCACGAUCACGCUGUUGCCGCCCAUCAGCAGCUUGCAGAUGAACGACUUGCCCACCGACGGCGAGGACGACUACAAUAGCAGCAUGUUGCUCAGCCCCGUGUCCCUGAUGUCCGACCACCAGAUCGACCAGAUGGACCUGCAGCUCCAGUGCGGCGACCCGAACCUCGACGCGCACUGCGACCCGAACAGCCGGCUCUACGAUCUGUACGGCCAACACAAUCAGUACUGCGUCAACGAAGAAGACCUGAUGCUCACCCAGACCCUGUUGAUGAAAGACGUACACAUGCUGUCUAAGAUCGACCCGUCCGAGGACUCGAUCAUUCCCGCCUACUUAACGACGAUCAAACAGGAACCGAUGGACCUAGAUUCGGAAUCCGCGGCUCUGGGACAGGUGACCGGUGGUAACCCGACGCUGGCCGAUCUCGAGACACUGGACGAUCUCAUCCCGAUGUUGACGUCCGAGGAAAUAAUAAGGGGCCACACGACUUCGCAUCUCGAGUUCCAGUGCCCGACCGAAGUGUCGGCCAUCCUGAACGGGAUGGGCGUGAACGAAAAGGACUGGAACGUCGACCGCAAGAACGACGAGAAGAAGGACGACGGUCCCAAGAAGGACGACCAGUGCAACGGCGCUGGCGGCGCUGGUGGAGCUGGCGGCGCCGGUGGAGCUGGCGGCGCCGGUGGAGCUGGCGGCGCUGGCGCUUCCUCGGUGGCGGCGUAAGGAGAAAAAUAAAGAAGAAGAGG